GCUUGGGCUCAAGCAACUCCUCUCGUGGGCCGUGCUGCCCGAUCACUGUUGGGGGCGCCCGCCGUGGCCCCGAAGCCUCGGACGCGUCGGUCUGCGCGGCAGCCGUUGGCAAUGUUCAAGUCUCUGGGGCAGGCGGCGGCAGGCGCUGCCGGCAAAAUUGCCGGCCAGGUGGUUGGUGCCGUUGAGAACGCCGUCCCCGAGGUGCAGCAGAUGGCGGCCCCCGUGCCCGUAGGUUUUCCAGGCGUCGCGCAGCUGAUCCGCGAGCAUCAGUCGCUAACGAUGACGCAGACCUCCGGGGGCGACUGCGAUUGCGCUCAGGUGUGCUGCUGCUGCUGUAAUAACUGCUGCAACGAGUGCAAGGGCGAGCACGGCGGUCCAGGGUUCCCGUGCUGCUGCAUCCGAGGUGGCAACACGUACACAGUCGAGGAUGCCAGGGGUCGCACGGUGCUAGAUAUCGUCGAGGAUACGAAGCCCGAGGGUUGCCGUGCAGGCGAACGGUGUUGUUGCAGCGCAUGCUCGUCGACGAUCUUCUACUUCAAGGAGCCUGGCGCAGACGGCAAGAUUCUUAUGUCGGUGGAGCGGGAGGGUUUGUCUAAUGGCAAGUGCGUGUGCUGUUUUUCUAUCAUAUGCGAUUGCUGCAACGACAAGCUCCAGGUAUACGAGGGUGAGGUCAUUGGCCUUCCGGGCGAGCUCCAGAAUGCCCCCAAGAUGGUGUCGAUGUUGGAGCAGCCGUGCGGCGGGGGAGGAUUUGUGCCCACGUUGGAUAUCAAGCCUGCGCAGGGUAGCGGGGGGUCCGAGAUGCAGGUCCACGGUCCACUGUGUUUUGGCGGUUGCAUGGCGUUGUGCUGCAAGAGCGAUUUCCAAGUCGACAAGAGCGAAGACGACGGAGCGGCUGGUAGUCUGGGCGUGAUACAGCACUUGGCGCCAAAAACAUGUUGCGAGGUUUGCUGCACGUUCUGUGGCGGUCUCCACAAGUACACCGUUGGCUACAAGGACGGGGCCGCAGAUGAGGACCGGGUCAACAUGUUAAUUGGAUCCCUCCUGGUGGAUUUGGUGUAUUUCCAGAUCGACCAAGGCCCUUGCAACAUGGAUCAAGAUUACAUCUACAUCAACCUGUUCAAUUGCAACUGUUGCGGGUGCGUGUGUCCGUUCAAAUGUUGCAUCAAGAAUUUCAUGUGCGAUUCCGACUAA